AUGGACUGGAAGGACGAUUCGCUAGUACCGCCAGAGGUUUUAUCAGCCUUUUAUGAUCGAUUAUACCCUUUCCGAUCCAUUUAUACGUGGCUUUCGCACACGAACCCUAUAUCCGGUCCACAAACUGGCGCAAGUAGAUUUAUACCUGCUUGGAACAAUCGAGAAUUCGCAUUUACUCUCAAGGAUGAUGUGUAUCUGCGCUAUAAUAGCUUUCAAGACGCUGACGAAUUCAAGAAACAAGUAUUAAAACUGCUUCCUACAAGAUUCGAGGUUGGAGCAAUUUAUAAUGCAAAAGUAGGAGCCUCUCCUGGUACCAUAUUUGAUAUUGAUAUGACGGACUACGACACUAUACGUACUUGCUGUUCGGACAAGAAUAUAUGCCGGCAAUGCUGGCAGUUCAUAGCCGCUGCUGUAGACGUGUUGGAUGAGACAUUGCGGAAAGAUUUUGGUUACAACUUGCUCUUGUGGGUCUACUCGGGUCGACGUGGUAUUCAUUGCUGGGUUUCCGACGAGGCAGCCAUGAAUCUCACCGACGAACAGCGAAGAGCAAUCAUGGGUUGGAUCGAAGUCGUAAAAGGGGGUAAGGAGAUGGUCAAAAAGGUUAAUGUUCGUAUGACAAUGGGGAAAACUGGAGAAGACUGCUUCAAAAGUCGUAAAGGUUGGGAGACACUAGUCGAGUUGAUUCCAGAUCGCGAAGUUGCCGCUGCUCUGAAGGAGAAUUGGGAUGAUGAUGAAGAAUAUGAGAGGCAGAGACGUCGGAACCGAGGUGACAAAACAACAAGUGCCUGUAGAUGGGAAGAUUUGAAGAAGGAGAUCAAGCAAGUCCCGAAAACAUCUACUAGACGGGUAGCACAAUUUGAGCCAGAAACGGUCCCCACUGUAGCUCAACUGUUGAGCGAGCUGGAUUCCUCAUCCAAAACUACUUCUGAAGAGGGCACCGCUGGAGGCUGGGAAAGUACGAGCAUAAAGCCAUAUGUGGACAUGCUCAACGAACAUAAUAAGAAGAUUCUACAGGCGGAAAGAGAAAAGAAGAUGCAGCUUUCAGAUGAGAAUAGGAAGGAUAUGUCUUGGUAG